AUGAGGACUACUUAUCUCCCGUGGCUUCUGUUCCUUUUGAUUAUUGUUCAAUAUUUAAAUGGGAGUAGGAGCUGCUUUGAGAAUGAGAGAAAUGCUCUUCUAAGCUUCAAACAUACCAUCAUUUCUGACCCUUUCAGCUCUCUUUCCUCAUGGGGAGCCAGUAGAGAUGAUGAUUGCUGCAAAUGGAAAGGAAUUGGUUGCGAUAACACAACUGGCCAUGUUGUUGCUCUUCAUUUGGAGCAUGAAGGCUUACAAGGUGAAAUCAGCCCUUCCUUGCUUCAUUUACCGUUUCUCAAUUUCUUGGAUCUUAGUUCUAAUGAAUUUGAAACAAUUCCGAGUUUCAUUGGCUCUCUGGACAAGUUGGUCUAUCUUGAUCUUUUUUUUAAUAAUUUUUCCGGGAAUGUCCCUCCUCAUCUCGGAAAUAUUUCUACUUUGAAAUAUCUUGACCUUGGCUUCAAUCAAGAAUUAAAAGUAGUUUACACCUUGGAAUGGAUUUCUCAUCUUUCUUCCUUGGAGUAUCUCAAUAUGGACUCUGUAGACCUUCAUUCUGUUUCAGAUUGGCUUCACUCAAUUACAAAGCUUUCUUUGCUGAGAACACUAAGCCUAUCUUCCUGCGAUGUUCCAAGUCCCCCAUCAUCAUCACUUUUGCACAUCAACUCUUCUACCUUCCUACAACACUUGUCUUUACGGUAUAAUGGAAACAUAACAACAUUUCCCCUACUGAAUUUGUGGCUAAACCAAAGUUACUUCCUUCAAUAUCUUGACCUCUCCGGUAAUUCUUUGGUAGGUGGCGAUAAGGACAUCAAAUUCUUGAGGAACCUUGGCCAUUUGAAAACUCUAGAUUUAUCAUAUAAUUCUUUUUCUUUCAACUUUUCACAACUCAUUUUAGGUUCUGAGAAGUUGAUAAAGAUUUUGAUAUUAAAUGAUAACAAAAUUGUGGGAUCACUAGAUGAUACCAGAGAGGUUAAUUCCCUAAGAGAAUUAAACUUGGAGAAUAAUCAACUUUCUGGUUUACUGCCUGACAUGUCAACAAUGUUGUCCUUAGAAAUUUUUGCAAUAGGCAACAAUCACUUCAAUGGGAACUCAAUGGGAAGUAACAUCAGCCACCUCUCUAAUCUCAAAUUUCUAGAUGUUUCUUCAAAUUCUUUGGAUGGAGCCAUAUCUGAAAUCAGCUUCUCUAAUUUUAGCAAAUUGGAUGUGCUCGUCCUGUCUGAUAACUCUUUGACACUGAAUUUAGGCACCCACUGGAUUCCCCCAUUUCAGUUAAGUGGUCUAGGCCUCAGAUCUUGUGAGUUGGGCCCCAAAUUUCCUAAUUGGCUCCACACACAGACAAAACUAGAAGACCUUGAUAUCUCAAAUAAUGAAAUUUCAGAUCUCAUUCCUCAAUGGUUCACCAACCUAUCCAACUUAGAUUAUUUGAGUGUUUCUCAAAAUAGAAUUCGAGGAAAAUUACCAAACCUACCAUUAGGUUUGAAUCUAGUAGACUUUAGCAGCAAUUUGCUAGAAGGCCCUAUACCAAAAAAUUAUUCUGGAGCAUCGGAACUGAACCUUUCCAAUAACAAGUUUUCUGGAACCAUUUUGGAUCUGUCUUCCUGA